AUGGCGCCGGUGCGAUUUGAAGGCAGCAUAACGGACCUAGAAAUCAUUGGAGAUGUCCCGACAGAAAUUUCAGGUACAUUCUAUCGAGUUAUGCCGGAACCACACUACCCUUCUUUCAUCGAAAAUGAUCCCAUAAUCCGAUCAACAGCAAACACUAACAUCGUGUAUUGGAAUGGCAAACUCCUUGCCCUCAAGGAAGAUUCACCAUCAUACUCGAUGGAUCCUACGACGCUAAAGACGAUCGGACUUGAGACCUUUGACGGCCAACUUCCAGCAUUGACAUUCACAGCACAUCCCAAAUUCGACCCUGACACGCGCGAUAUGGUGUGUUUCGGCUACGAGGCAAAAGGAGAUGGCACACCAGAUAUCUGCUACUACUCCAUCGGCCCAGACGGAAAGUUCAAAGAGACAGUCUGGCUGACUUGUCCGGUCGUUGCUAUGAUACACGAUUUUGCUGUCACCAAGAACUAUAUUGUUCUUCCUGUCGUCAACCAAACCUGUGAUGUUGAACGAAUGAAAAAGGGUGGUCAACAUUGGCAAUUCGACAACGACCUGCCCACAUAUAUUGGAAUAUUGUCACGCUAUGGAGCUACAGGAAGUGAUGUCAAAUGGUUUACGGCGCCCCACGGAUUCGUCGGACACGUUGCGAAUGCUUUCGAGGAUGAGCAUGGAAAUAUUGAGCUGAGCAUGGCAUGGAGCAAACAAAAUGUGUUCUUCUGGUGGCCAGACAAGGAUGGAAGAGGACCUGCUCCGGAAUCGAUCUCUAGUGAUUUGCUAAGAUGGACGAUUGACCCCAAAGCCACGGACCUAAAGCUGCCUGCAGGUGAGAUCUUAGCGACGGGAGACCUUGAAUUUCCCAAGAUUGACGACCGUCACGUCAUGUCUCGCCACAGCAAGGUUUUCUACAGUAUCUUCCAGCCUCAACUUGUCGAUUUCCCGUUCGUGGGGCCGAGGAUGGGAGGCGGUUUUCCACCUUACAACGGAUUCGCCCGGCUAGACACCAAGACUGGCGAAGUGAGUCGAUACUUUGCCGGACCAAGAAAGUUCACCCAGGAACUGGUGUUCAUACCUCGUAGCCACGCGGGCGAGGAGGGUGAUGGGUGGAUUCUAUUCUUGCAAAACAACUUUGAGAGCAUGACGAGCGAACUUGCUAUUGUUGAUACAAAGGAUGUAUCAAGGACUGUGGCUUUGAUCAAAUUGCCCGUGCGGUUGAGGCCUGGGUUGCACGGUAACUGGGUCGAUGAUGCUGAUGUGGAUGGUCACCCGAUGCGAAAGGCUCCCACAACCACGUAG